CCAAUUGGACGUCCCCCAGAGGGCGGGUCCAACUUGUUGACUGCGCUUUCUGUUUUCGCCUGCCACUGCGCAGGCGCAGACCGGCGAACGAAGAUGGUGCUCAUCAAGGAAUACCGUGUGGUGUUGCCCAUUUCUGUUGAAGAGUAUCAAGUGGGCCAACUGUACUCGGUAGCCGAGGCCAGCAAGAAUGAGACGGGCGGCGGCGAAGGCAUCGAGGUGCUCAAGAACGAGCCUUACGAGGACGACGGCGAAAAGGGACAGUUCACGCACAAAAUCUACCACCUCAAGAGUAAAGUGCCCGGAUACGUGAGGAUGCUCGCGCCAGAAUCGGCAUUUGUUUUUCACGAAAAGGCCUGGAAUGCUUACCCCUACUGUCGCACCGUCGUGACGAACGAAUACAUGAAAGACGACUUUGAGAUCAAGAUCGAGACGUGGCACAAGCCUGACAUGGGGACGGUAGAAAACGUGCACGACUUGGAUGAGCAGACGUGGAGAAGCGUGGAGGUUGUUCCCAUAGACAUUGCCAACAAAGAUGAAGUGGCGCCAGGGGACUACAAAGCAGAAGAGGAUCCCUCCCUCUUCCACUCGGCCAAAACAGGAAGAGGCCCUCUCGGUCCUGAGUGGAAGAACGAGCUGAAGACAGAUUGUCCGUACAUGUGCGCAUACAAGCUGGUCUCGGUCAAGUUUCGGUGGUGGGGUUUUCAAACCAGAGUGGAGAACUUCAUCCACCGGCAAGAAAAGCGCAUCUUCACCAACUUCCACCGUCAGCUCUUUUGCUGGGUGGACAAGUGGGUGGGUCUUACCAUGGAAGACAUUAGGCGCAUGGAGGAGGAGACCCAAAGGGAACUGGAGGAGCUGCGUAAGACCGGUCCGAUUCGAGGCACCAGUGCUGCUCACGAGCAAUGAGCCAAACCACCCUGACCCUGUCUUGAUGAUGUCAUCGGAGACACGCCCACCACCUCCACUACCGCCGCUGCCGUCUCCAGGAGGAAGUGGCCCUGGUUCCUUGCUACUGUACAGACCCCUCCCCACACUCUGCUCAAAUAGCAACAACCUGGUUUUGCAUAUAUAAAUAUAUAUAUAAACACAUAUAUAUAUUUAUUAUAUACGUACACAAAGACAAAAAAAAAACUCUUUGCACAGACGUAAUUUGCCUGAAAUGUUAGUUGGGGAUUCCGACAAAGGGGUUUUGUUUUUAAUUCUUUCAAUUGACCAUUAGGAAACGAAUGUGCUUUUUAGACCUCGAGGUCCACACCAAAAUCGCACCGCCGUUGGACCAUUUUUACGAUGAUAUCCCCUAUUGUUGUUUUACGUGUCGCUUUUCGUGUCUGAAGCGCGCCGGGAAUGAGUCGUCGUCGAGGCGGGGUCCGCACUCUCCCGUUUUAGCUUUACCCCGCCCCCUCCUGUGUGAAUGACGUCGCGUUUGGUUUUUAUUUCUACCAGGGAGCGUUUUGCAGUUUUGAAGUUUUUCUGUUUAUGUCACUUUGAAGCGCGUACUCACACCGAUCAGCACACGAUCGACAGUCAAAGUAGUUUGGAUGUCCUGUCGCCGUCAGUGGGACUGAAAUACCAUCAUUGGCAGUGAAUGAGUUAAUGGUAGCUUACAGUAAUUUUCGCACUAUAAGGCGCACCUGACUAUAAGCCGCCCCCACCAAAUUUGGCACAAAAACAUUUGUACGUACACAAGCCGGACUGGACUACUAGCCGCAGCUUUCCUCACUGUAUUAUGGGAUAUUUACACCAAAAGAUAUUAACCAGUAACACUUUAUUUGACAGCGGCAUCAUACGGUUGUCAUCAUACGGCUGUCAUAAAACCAAAUGAACCACCAUGACAUUGCUUCAAGAAGCUUAAUUUGGCCAUCACUGCUCCCUUGAGGGAGACAGUCAACGUCUGAUGCCACCUGCUGUCAACACUGUUGUUGUCUAGCAUGCCUCCUAGCAUGCAUUGCAGCACUACAGAUGUAAAUAACAAUCAAAAUUCGUGUUCUGUACUAAUUAUGUCUUCAGUUACUGUUCCAGUUGUUUCAUUAGUUGCUAGUUAUGGUAUUUGGUAACAGUUUAUUUGACAGUGAUGCUGUUAGACCAUCAUAAUUAUGACAUGACACUGCCAUGAGCACUCAUGAAUGCUUAUGGCACAUGUCAUUUUGUGUCAUUCGGCAAUGUUCUCACUUUUGAAUGGAUGUAAAAGAUCCAAGCUGGACAUGAAUGGAGUUAGUGACAUAAUUUGCCGGAUGACACUUGAUGACAUCUGUCAUAAGCAUUCAGUAAUGUCCAUGAUUGUGCCUUGUCAUAAUUAUACGAUCUUAUGACCGUCUUAGGACGCCGCUGUCAAAGUGUGAACUAUUAACCGAAAUAAAUCAACAAAUAAGCUGUACUUGACCAUAAGAUGCUGGAUUCAAAAUGAAGGAAAAAAGUUGCGUCUUAUUGUCCGAAAAUUACGGUAAUCUGUUUGAUAAUUUUGCAAUUAGUUGUCGAAGUUGACAAAUCUGCAGACUACCUUGGCCAAUUCGGAUGGAUUGGAUGUCCAUCGCUGGCAAUGGCAUUAAAAUUUGAUCAUAUGCAAUUAUGAUACUUUCAUUCUGACGAAUUUUUACUUACGCUUGCUAGCCACUCCCAGUUCAAAUGGGAUGGACGUCUGUUGCUGCCAACGGCACUGAAAUGGUUAUUGGCAGGUAAUGAUAGUUUCAUCUGUUACAUAAUUUUCUAAAUAUAAAGGUUGAUAGAUCAAUCUGAGGACUAAUUUUUGCGAUUAAUCUACUUAGCGAUUUAUCAAUGUACCAUAAUUUUCGCACUAUAACGCGCACCUGACUAUAAGCGUAUUUGUUCAUUUGUUCAACGUAUUUGUUCAUAGAUAAGCCGUGUUGGACUAUAAGCCACAGCUGUCCUCACUGUAUUAUAGAAUAUUUACACCAAAAGAUAAUGUUUUAUUUGACAGCAGCAUCAUAAGACCAAAUGAACCACCACAAUUCAUUGCUUAAACAAGCCAUCACUGCUUCCUUGGGGGAGACGGUCAACCUCUUCUGCCACCUGCUGUCAACACUGUUGAUGUACAACAUGCCACCUAGCAUGCAUUGCAGCGUGACAGAUGUACAUUAGCUUAUCACUAGUAGACGUCCAAUCCAUUUGAAGUGGGAGGGUGAACACUCGUUCAUUCGCUGCCAUCCCUCCAACUUCAAACGGAUUGAACGUCUAUGGCUGUCAGUGGCAGUCAAUGCCAGGAAAUUAAGUCAUUUUGGGCCAUUUAAGAUCUCACUGAAACAGCACCAAACAAAAGUUCCAGCAUCAUCACCUUGUCCAAUGCAGAUUCUUGACAAGAUGAUGAUGCUGGAACUUUUGUUUGAUGCCGUUCCAGUGAGAUUUACAAAGAUGAUUCCCUGAAGAAGACGUCAAAAAACGAGUAGCACUUUGAACUAAUUCAUUUUUUCAAGCUUUUUAUCGGAAUUUGUUUUACAUGAUAAAAUAUUUGAGUGCUCAUCCGAUACUGGUGAUUACAUACUUUUUGCUAGGGGUUGUAUUAUGUUUUUUUGAUUUUAACAACUUGUUGGUUCCUUUUUUUUUUUUUUAAUUUUUUUUUAAAACAUUCACACCUUUUUAAAACUAUAUCUCGAUUCUUGGCAGAAGCAUAUAGAUAACCUUUCGGGAUACAAAGUAUCAAGAUAUAUCACAUUUCGAUAUUUUGUCACACCCCUAUUAAUGAAUGCUUUUAACGAUAUAAUUUAGUGAUAUCCGGUAAAUUAGCUCACUUUUGAAUGGAUGUAAAAGAUCCAAACUGGAUAUAAAUGGCAUUAGUAACAUAAUUUGCCAGAUGACACUUGAUGACAUGUCAUAAGCAUAAGGUAAUGCCCAUGAUAGUGUCAUGUCUCAAACAUGACUUGUCUUAUGACUUCGCUGUCAAAGUGUUACCAUACCAUAACAAGCAAUUAAUGAAACAAAUGCAACAGUAACUGAAUAAAUUAUCAGCACAGAACAUCUUUUGAUUGUCAUUUACAUCUAUAGUGUUGUAAUGCAUGCUAGGAGGCAUGUGUUGCCUGUUAACCCAAAUAAAUCAACAAAUAGGCCGCACUCGACUAUAAACCGCAGGAUUCAAAAUGAAUGAAAAAAGCGGUUUAUAAUCCGAAUAUUAUGGUACUCUAAGGCUGCCAGCCCAUCCCAGUCUAUGGACACCAGUGGCACUGAAGCAUGAUUACUGUAUUGGCAGUGAAUAUAUAGAUUAUUCUGUCAAAUAAUAUCAAAUUAACCGAUGCAGUUGAUUGAUUAAUCUGUUGCUUUAUCUAGUGAAUAAUUUCUUGGCUAAUUAUGCGAUAAAUCUGUGAUUUCUAACAUCUAUUACUGUCAAUAGCUUCUUUACAAAAUAAUCUGUCAAAACUUUAUCGAGUAACCUAAGUUUUGCGAUUAAUCGUAAUGCCGUCAGUGGCACUGAAAUAAGUUCACUGACAGUGAAUGCGUUGGGUAUUCUGUUGAAUAAGAUUUAUGGUGACUAAUUUUGCGAUUAUGAAAGUUAACAAUUUUCAUCAAUAGCAUUUUUAUAAAUCUGACAAAAAACGGUUUCGAUUAAUCUAUGAAUUGUAAUGUCAUCAAUAUGUUCACUGACAGUGAAUGCGUUGGGUAUUCUGUUGAAUAAGAUUUAUGGUGACUAAUUUUGCGAUUAUGAAAGCUAACAAUUUUCAUCAAUAGCAUUUUUAUAAAUCUGACAAAAAACGGUUUCGAUUAAUCUAUGAAUUGUAAUGUCAUCAAUAUGUUCGCUGACAGUGAAUGAGUUAUAAUUCUGUCAAAUAAAUUAGUUUAUGAAUUCUAACAUCUAUUGCUGUCAGUGGCAGUUCAUGAGCUAGCUUCAUGAAUUUCUGUAAACCACGAUAGCUCACACCUUGCGUAACAAAUGAAUACACAAGAUACUGGUACGCGCAUGCGAUGGACAUAUCAUAAUUGAUUGACUUGCAGCCAUAUUAGAGCACCUUUUGAAAGACCGCUAAAUACUGUGUUGUAUGACAGUAUGGGCACCCAAUUUACCAAGAGGUGUAGGCUCUCAAAAUGUUUUCUCCCCAUUUUUCAUGGGUUUCUUCAAAAUUAGUACAAGCUUUUUGCAAAAAAAAAAAACCCCAAAACAUCCAGAAGAACGAUGACUUUGACACGAAUAUUUUUUGCAAAAACUGUUUUCACAAAAAGAUGGAGAAAGGGUUUUGACGACAUAUUACAUGUUUUUGUAUUAGCCAAAUAUUUUCACAAGGGAAAACUAACAUUCUCAAAAUAAAAUGACUUUUCCAUGCAAGGACAAAUCUAUUCCAUUCGUAUGUUACAUACUACAUUUGAAUCACUAAUCCCUAAAGAAAUGGACAAGUUACCAUUUAUUCAGCGUCAACAUUGACCUCCCCAACAUGGCCGCCAAAUAGGCAGGUCAGUUCACCAAGCUACUACUGCAAACUAUAUCGCUAACAUAGUUUGACUACGUACGUGUGGCGUGACGAAUUGACUUUUUUUUUUUUUUUUUUUAAUAUAUAUACAGUUCCACUUGUUCAAACCUCACACGAUGCUAGCAUUUUUUCCCAACUGCCCCCCCCCCUAAAUUGGCAUUAUAUAGCAUUGAAGCUAGUGUAGCAGACCAUUACACUAGCAGACUUUUGCUAAGCAUGUUAGACAAUUGCAACAAUUGGCUAACUUGCAUAGCUAAAGUCCGCUAGCUUCAAUGCUAUAUAAUGCUAAGGUUUACCAGAUUGUUUCUGGUGCGCACUAGAAACAAUUUGGUAAACAUUAGCAUUUUAUUCUUGUAUUUGCUAUAAUUUUUAUUAUCUGUUUGCGUGCUUUAGCAGAUGCUCACUAGAAACUAUCUGGUGAACAUUAGCAUUAUAUAGCAUUUAAGCUAGCGGACUUUUGCUAUGCAAGUAAGACAAUUGUUGCAAUUGGCUAACUUCAACAGCAAAAGUCCACUAGCUUAACGGUCCGCUAUAUACUAGCUUCAAUAGCAAAAGUCCAUUAGCUUCAAUGCUAUAUUAAUGCUAAUGUUUACCUCCUUGUUUUUUUUGGUUUUGGUGUUCACUAAAGUGAAACCCUUUUAAAGGUAAUAGUCUCACGCUAGCUGAGAUUUGACAAGGGUGGUCAACCAUUUUUUUUUUUUUUUUUUUUUUUUCUCCCAAGCAUUGCCAUUGAACUCCUUCACUGCCAUUGAUGAUGAUAGACAUCCAAUCAGUAAUUAAAGAAAUAACAACCAAAAUUUAAACUCUAAAUGAGCUUAUCACUAAUAGAUGUCCAAUUCAUUUGAACUGGCAGGGUGGCAGGUGCUGCUAGCUCUUCCACUUCAAAUGGAUUGGACGUCUAGCGCUGUGACUGGCAGUUUUUUUGUUUUCCCCAUUGAUGGAAUGACUGGUCGGAAAGGCAACAUUCAGGGGUAUCAGUAGUGAAUGUAUAAUUAUUAGUUCUUUUUUUUUUUUCUCGUUUAUUUUUCACAGUUUGUAAACUGUGACCGAAGGUCUAGACAACGGAACACAACAGAAUAUCUAAUAAAUUUCAAUAAAUGA